AUGCUUGGGAACAGACACCAGGAUCUUCUGGAUUAUAGAGAUACCCCUAACCAAGUGCAGCAGCUUGGUUCCCUGCAGGAUCGCCCCACAUGCAGGGAGCGAUCCUGCACCACAAAAGAUGAGGAGGGUCUCCACCACUUAGGCCCAGCAGGCACCAAGGAGAAGCCAGAAGAGGAGGGUGUCUAUGAGACUGCUGAUCCUGCCCCCAGUGUGGAAGGGAUGCAAACACAGCAGGUGUCUGCAUUGUGGUCUUCAGCCGGGAAGCCCCCUUGCACACGCACGGUGGUGAUCAUAGCUGCUGCUGCUCUGCUGGCUGCAUCGGUGUCCCUCAACGUGUUGCUGCUGGCCCUGGGAACCGUGCCCUGCAAGUCUCCAUUGAGCAGGCAGAGUCCCACUUCCUCUCCCGCAGACCUGAGCUCCUUCUUGCUAUACAAUGAGAAUCUCAACAUUUGUGUGGCUACUGCGCAAGAGUCCAAGUUCCUCAAAGGUGCUCCCUGUGACCCUCGGGUUCAAGCGCAGCAUUUUCAGUGGCUCUCUGGGGGCCUCCUCCGUCAUGUGGCCUCGCAGCUCUGUGUGGCAGCCAGUGGGGCAAAAAGCAAAACAGCUCUCCACCUGAAGCCCUGCUAUGCACGGAGCUCCCUUCAACACUGGGAGUGUCGUGAGGACAAUCUGUUGGCCCUUGAGGGCAAGGAUCUGUAUUUCAACUAUGGCAACAGUGCCCAAGAUGUGGUGAUGCUAUACAGUGGCAAGGGACUUUGGAGUCGCUGGCUCGUCUACCAGACCCGCAAUAGCGUCUGUAACAGUGAGACCCAGCAAUCUUGCCCCCCCUUUGUCAGGGACUGGACGUCUUUCCAGGGCAGCUAUUACUUCCUCUCACACUCUCCAGGACCCUGGGAUGUGGCCAACCAGUCAUGCACCUCCAUGGGGUCUCACCUGCUGGUGAUCAACAGUGCAAAGGAAAAGGAUCACAUUGCAGCCCUCUCUCAAACGCGUUCCUGUUGGAUUGGCCUUAUUGACCAGGUGCUUGAAAGUGACUGGACAUGGGUGGAUGGAACGCGCAUGGGACCCGACAGCAGUUACUGGGGUCAGAAUGAGCCCAAUGGUGGAAAGGCUGAGAACUGUGCCUUGAUGAGAAACAGUCUGUGGUAUGACUACCCCUGCAAGGAGAGCUAUCACUGGAUCUGUGAGAGGAAGCGGUAGUUCAAAGGGGUCAGGUUAUCAGCUCUGCCUUUCUGCAACCAGCUUUUACAACAGAUGCCUGACCGGCUCACUUCGUCAUAAGUGCAGAGCCCAGUGCCAGCAAAGCCGGUUUUCCCACUCAAACUUGUGAGCUAAGAAAACUGAGUUUGUGCACACACGCACGUGGACACACUGUGUAACACCGCAAAAAGCGAUGAUUUGCUUAUUUCACUAGCAUAAUGAGCUCGUGUUAUUCUGCUUACAGUUUGUCAGAUUUGAAUGUGCAACAUUCCUUCCUAUUUCAGAGACGUAUUAUGUUGUAAAUGCCUGAAUCAAGGAAUUUCUAAACUGUUACAUGUGACUUCUUUGAAUAGUAGAGGGACUCUUUGGGGCAUAUUCUGUCACUGUAAAAACUUCGAGGGGAGAGGUUGUUUGCCAGAAAGGCAGCCUGUUGAACUGUGUCUCAGCUUGCCCCUACCACCAGAGGCCCCAGGGGCGUGUCCACCGAAAUGUCCAGAGGCGUAACUGUGCCACUCACGGUAAGCCCUAACACUUGGCAUUGCAAGAAUGGGAUGGAGAUGGUCCGGGAUCCAGGACUACCGGGUUCAAUGGUGGCGUCCCAGGAUUCCUGCCAUCCACCCCGCCCCCACGUAGCAAUUUUUCCUCCAUUGUUGCCAAUAGGACGGGGGAGAAAAUGGGGGGAAAAGAAAGGUCCCCUUCCCCUGACCAGCAGGAGGCGGCACAGCUUUGGCAGGGUAAGGGAUGGACUGCUCAGUGCCCCCGUAUCCAGGAUCUGCUUGGCACUGCACUGCUAGAGGCUUCAGUGAAUGGGGCGGCAUAGAAGUUUACUAAAUAAAUAAAUAGCAUCAAAAGCUCCAGCAUCUGAGUGGGCUUGUUACAAUGUGCAUGGGUUCCUGAAGGCCUCAGAUCAGAGGAAAAUGGAGACUUAAAGAGCAUGACGGGACUGGCCGAGACACAGGUAUUUUUGCACAGCAAAACUGAGAAGCCAGGAGUGGUUGGAGAAUGGAACGUAACAGAUGAAGAGAAGCCCGCCCUGGACCAUCUGGAGAGAGAAUGGAAUCUGACGAGCCUGUGUGCCCAAGGUAAAGGAAGAGCAGCACAUUCUGCGCCAGCUCUGCUCAGAGGAGUUCACUGCUCUACCCAGUUGGACGGAGCUGAUAGCGUCAACUUUGAGGCAUAAAAUGCCUGGGCUUUCCAGCUCCCGUGUGUGCCAGAACAGCGCUGCAACUGGUCGCCCACACUCCCUGCCAAUGCUUGAUCAACGCUGGAGGAGGGUCUAUUGGUCGCGUGUGAGCACUGGAUGAAUGCAAGUGUGAAUGAGGCCUCUGGAUAUGGCUGCUGAUGAUUGCUGAACUUGCAUUCUUAUACCUUUGGAUCCUCUGUAUCAUAGAAUAAAUGUUACAUGCAUAGUGUUUAAUACCA